AAGGUAUUCAAGCCUUCUAAUUUCUAAAAUCCCAAAGCUCUGGAGUAACAUAGAGGAAAUACAUGAGAAAGGUAAAUGCUGAACGGGGAGCCUACUGGGGAUAGAAUCGUCGCCCUCAUCUCCGCACCCUUGAACCUUCCCGGUAAAGAAAACGCCGUAAUGCCAUUUUUGUCUCUGUAGAACAAGUCGCGUGCCUUCCGAUUCCAUUAUAUUGGUGGUAUCUCUUUGGUCGGAGGGCGACGGAAGUGAGGCUAGGUGGGCCCGACUUCACCGCCAUUUCCUCAUGUCGUCGCAUCGGCGGCGCCACCACCGCUCAAGGUCUUUAGUUCCGGCCAUUUUUAUUGUCUCCUGCAUCAUUCUCGUCCUGUUUCUUUCCAUUUCAUUGCUCGCACCUCCCCUCACUGAUAGCAAUCGACCCCACUACCGCCGCCGUGAUAUCUCGGUGAUCCAUUCACCAACCUCUCUUCCUCUUACUUAUGUUAAGAAUGCAUAUAUGAAUUACGGUACAAGCCGAUAUAUAUAUGUUAUGUAUAUAUGUAUGUACUGACUUUUAGAUACAAUAUAUGUGGGGCUUUACAGGUGAACGAAGGCAUCCACAAUGGGACUAGAGUUAAUGUGUUUCAUGUUCCGACCGGUGGAGGAAUACAUGAUCAAGAUCUAUGGAAGUCAAAAAAUGCCAAGUUCUUCUUUGGAUGCAGUAAUUCCAGUAGUAAAUUUGCAAAUGCCAAGAUCAUAACACAUCCAAAUUGGUACUUGUCAAUUGCAACCAGUGGAGGCCUCAACCAACAAAGGACAGGGAUAAUUGAUGCUGUUGUUGUUGCUCGCAUUAUGAAUGCUACUCUAGUUGUUCCAGCAUUGGACAAGAAGUCAUUUUGGAAAGAUUCCAGUGACUUUUCAGAUUUAUUUGAUGUUGAUUUCUUCAUAUCUCAUCUUGCAAAUGAUGUGAUAAUCAUAAAAGAGCUCCCACUUAAUAGAGGAAAGACGUGGAAUCCAUAUACUGUUCGAGUUCCAAGGAAGUGCAGUGAGAGAUACUAUAUAAACCGUGUUGUGCCCAUACUUAAUAAAAAACAUGCUGUCAAGAUCCCCAAGUUUGACUAUAGACUUUCAAAUAGGUUGGAGGCAGAGUUGCAAAAACUAAGAUGCAGAGUUAAUUAUCAUGCUCUGAAGUUUGUUGACCCUAUAUAUGAACUGGGAAAGGAAUUGGUUCACCGAAUGAGGAUGAAAAGCAAGCAUUUCAUAGCACUUCACCUAAGGUUUGAACCUGACAUGCUUGCAUUCUCAGGAUGCUAUUACGGUGGAGGAGACAAGGAGAGGAUAGAAUUUGGGAAAAUAAGGAAGAGGUGGAAAACUUUACACAAUAGCAAUCCAGAUAAGGGGAGGAGGCAAGGAAGAUGUCCUUUAACUCCUGAAGAAGUGGGUUUGAUGUUGAGAGCACUUGGAUAUGGCAGUGAUGUUCAUAUUUAUGUUGCAUCUGGUGAAGUAUAUGGAGGAGGGGAUACACUGGCUCCUCUAAAAUCACUCUUUCCGAACUUCAACACAAAGGACACAAUAGCCAGUGUUGAAGAACUGCAGCCAUUUUCUUCAUUUUCUGCCCGAAUGGCUGCACUAGACUUCAUAGUUUGUGAUGAAAGCGACGUUUUUGUUACUAACAACAAUGGAAACAUGGCAAAAAUUUUAGCAGGACGAAGGAGAUACUUUGGGCACAAACCUACAGUUAGACCGAACAGUAAGAAAUUAUGGCGUCUUUUUUUAAGCCGGAACAACAUGACUUGGGAGGAAUUCUCAUCCAAAGUUAAUAGGUUUCAAAAAGGUUUCAUGGGUGAUCCUAUGGAGGUUAAAUCUGGCGGGGGGUUUCACGAAAAGCCUUCAUCCUGCAUUUGUAAGCUCUCAGAUGGUACAGCAAAACUUUUAUCAUCAACCCCCCAAGAAGGUAGUGUAGAAGUAUCGGUGAAAGAAGAAGACCAAAGCACAGCAGAUGAUGAUAUGGGGGAUUUGUCUGAAGCUGAUGAGCGUGAAGAAGACGAUAUACAAGAUAGUUUGAUGUCAGAGGAAUCCGAGCUGGAUGAGAUGCUCUCAGACUAGCACAUAGUCAUCAUCCCAAAUUUGAUAAACAUGUUAACCUUGAGGUAGGUGCAAUAAUAUAUCAGCUUCGAAGAAGUUUUUACUUAGACAAAAACCUCGUGCAAUCUCUCUUGAGAUUUGAGAAUAGAGAUGAAGUUCAGCAAGGUUAGUAUUACUAGUUUUUUUUUAUUGUCAUUUUUUAUAUUUGUAAUCUUUUUCUUUUUCUCCAUGUGUAUCUUAUAUAUCUCGUACAACCGUAUAUAAGUUUCUGCUAUUGUGACGACUAUAGUGAAAUAAGUGUUGAUUUGGGAAUGAAAAAUCUGUUAUUGUGAUGAUUUUAUUGAAACAAUUAUAUACCGUGUGAGUGGCCCAUAGUCAGC